AAAAUGGAUAACAUCUGGAACACAUUGAAAGACGAAAACGUAGUAAAGGUUCGAGAAAUGUGUGAAGUAAAACUCCAAGAAGCAUAUAGCAAAUCUUUGAAGGGAAAGAUCGAAAACAGAGAAUUUGAAGUUUCUGGCGGAUACAGGAAGUUUCAACGCGAUAUUGAAAUAAUGAAAGAAGAGUACAACAGUACCCUUCGGGAUUUCGAUGAGCACGAGAUUUUAUGGGCUUGGCUUGGUUUUGUAAAAACAUUGAAGGUACAUGAAUCUAAAAUAAUUCAGGCGGAUGAAGCUUUAUCUGAGAAAGAAAAAGAAGAUGAGAAAAAGCGUAAUGAAGAAAACAUGGAAAAGAUACUGAAAGAGCAACAAAAGGCGCAAAAAGAGGCCUUUGAGCAGCAGCAGAAAGAAAUGAAGGAACAUUAUGAUAAGCUUGAUCAAGCGCGAGAGAAACAGUUACAGGAAGAAAGGGAUAAAUACCAGAAAUAUGUAAACGAAAAACUGGAAAAGGAAGAAGCGCAAAAAGAAGCUGCUCGAUUAAGAAAUGAACAAGAAGAAAAGAAGUCGAGGUGGCUACCUCGUAGAAUGUGGGAUGCUCUCUGGAAUCAGUGAAAAGAAAUAUUGAACAGGUCAAUAUAGCCAUAGAGGUUUAGAAGUCUUAUAUACAACCUGUAAUGCAACCUACCGGAAGUAUGCUUCACCCUUUUGCUUGAUUAACUUCACCUCACAAGUAGUGACUGUGUUUUUGACAAGAUGACUUUAGUAUAAAUCAUUUUGUAAUAAAUCUGUGUGUUUCUUCAAGUCUGAUCUUGGCUUAGAAUAUUCGCCAAAUUUUAUUGUAUCAUAUUUUAUUAUACAUUAUAUUUUUAUUGUACAUUUGCUUUUACUGUUUAUGGUAUAUUUGUAUCUUUUGAUUUUCAAAUUUCAAAUUGAACAAUUAAAUAUCUUAACAGAACAAUUUCGAUGACAAUAAUCUUCGUAACAGUUGCUAUAACUAAUAUGUAAAAACAAUUUGUUAUUUUGCACGUAAACAGUGUUUGAAUGCCACGUUGGUUUGAAAAUAAUAGAGAGUUUGAGAUUUCAACCUUCGCCUUCCCCUUCAACGUCUCUCAUAUAUAUUUGGGGUAAAACGUCACAAAUAUGCGUGUAUUUUAUUUAUAUCAGACGUUGCUACUAAAGUUUUCCAUGUAAUUUCAAGUAAACCUAAGACUUCGUUUUAUUACUAUGUGAAAUAAAAAGCUUAGUUUCAGGAUUUCUGCUUAUUAAGUUAUUCGAUUAUCCAUAUGUAUAAUUGGACUAAAUUUGAUGCGAAACACUAUCAAUAAGUAUAAGAAUAUUGAAGUUUUGUUUGGCUAAUGAUUUUAACUAAAUACAUUGAAUUGAACCUGGAAGUAUGAAGUUAUCAACUGAUUUUGAGAAACUUUGAGAUUUUGUUCAAACUUUAACUUCUACGGCAUAUUUUUGUCCUCAGGCGUUAUUGAUUAUACCAGAUGGGCCUUUUUGUCGUAAGAAGUGAAGUUUUGAACGUCCGAAGAUGUGAUAUCACGAAAGUCAAAACUUCAGUCUUUGUACAUCUACACUGUCUACAUACACGGCAUCAAAGACUGAAAUCUGGAUGGAGGCACAUAGCAUGACAGUCAUUUUACUUGAAAAAUGAAUGAUAACGCGCGAUUAUCAUUUGGUGGAGCAUUUUAUUUUAACUUCCAAAUAGAAUCAGUCCGUUUCUGCCGGACACUAAAUAAGACAAUUGCGUUUUAAUUAUAAACAUAAAAUGGUACUAGUAAGACGGAAUUUUUUUUGAAGCAUCAGACAAUUUUAGAUCUAUGAUAUCAUGAUGCGAGAGGUUUCCUGUUAGCCGUAUGGGAUAGCUCCAUUCUUUACACGCACGGAGCCAGAACAUGACAGAGGGGCAUUUGGGUCAAUCCCCCUUUGAUUCUUACGUUUUACAAAGAAAAUCGGUCUUGAAACUCGGUGUGACUACCCCCCUCUUAAAGUUGGUGUCCCUCUAACCAAAAUUCCUUCAUCUGCACAUGCUUUACUUAUGAAACAGUAUAUUCAAGCAAAUACAUGUAUAUGCCCACAUCUUAUUUUGUGCGACAAAUUUCGUCUCCACCUAACAGUUCUUGACUGUUUUGCUAGAUACAUGGUGACUUGGCACGAUUAUAUUGUGCUGUCUGAGAGUUUGGCAUUAUACAGAGUCAAACUGAGUGUCAUGAUGCCAAAACAUAUGAUAUCACGGGAGUAUCUUACAUUUGUUUCAAAUCGCUUGUUAAAUGUAUUCAUAAAUUGUGUAUAUUGGCUCAUGUUAUCAACAUAUCUUUUAAAAGGUUAGAUUUUCAACAGGAACAGUCUACAAGUAAAACGCGUGAUUUAAGAAAUCGAUGUAGAAAGUACCAAUUCAAAGUGAAAAAAAAACUUUAAGAAAAACUAUGAAAUACUAGUCAACAGCCUUUUGUGUUUGCUUUAUCUCAUAUAUUUAACUUCAAAGUAUACCGAGAAAUGCAUUUAUUGUAGUUGAUGUCUCAUGUUUUUGUUUAAAAAAUAUUAACUGUAAUAUCUUUCAAGAACACCAUCAACAAUAGAAUACGUUGAGAUGAUUAUCAUUUUUAUUUCCUCUCAUGUAUGAUUUACAAUCAUGCAUUAUAUACUGACAUCAUUUUAUAUAAAAUGUUUUUUUUUAUUAUUUUUUUUAUUAUUUUUUUUUUAUAAUCGCACUAAUAUCCAUGCGAUGAUUAUGUUAAUUGAAAUGUUUUUAUUUAAUUUUCAUUUCUAAAACCUCUUGUAAAAGUCCUGCACUUUCGGACAAUUGAUAUCAAAAUGCACGAGAAAAACGACCAUAAUUACAGAUAAAUUGAAUGGGCGGAUUGAAAGAAGUAAGGUUCAUUCUAAAGUUUGAAAUCUCAAGGGAUUUUAAUCGAACUUCAACUUCAUACGUUAACUUCGCAAGAGACGUUGAAGGGGAAGGCGAAGGUUGAAAUCUCAAACUCUCUAAUAACAAUAUCGUAACGAACCAUAACGAACGCAGGAGCUGAAUAACUUUCAAAUGAGGAAAUACAUCAACCAUUUGUGACAUGUAUCUUUAGAACCUAUUUCCAGAAAUGUUUGUUUCUUCAGUUGUCUUACCACUUUGCUGUUUUUCAAAUGCAAAUGAUGAAAGUAUUUGAUGACUUGAUCACGCAAAUAAUGAAACCGCUUAGCAAUGCCUAACUGCCACCUUAAAAUACGGGAACUGUUUCAUCUUUCUACACAUUUCUUUAUAGGUUAUAUCCAGUAUAGUUUCAAACUAAUGUCUUUGAUUUUAUAUCUUGACAGAUUUAUAAUUUAUCAUAUUUCUGUUGACUUAGAUUCAUAAAACACAUUAAUAGAUGUAAUACAGGCAUAUGUAGUACAGAUAAAUAUAACUUAAAUUGAUAUUUUGUUGCAAGAAAAAUCAAAGUAUCUUCACUUUAAGAUACUGAGUGAUACCUAACGGUAUCUAAUUGUUACUUGUUAAUUUUAAGCAUAAUCGUUGACAAAUGUAUCUUAUAUAUCUCUCAUAAAAUCGUUUCCAUAUGUGAUUUUGUAUUAUCCUCUGAAUUGUAACAAUGCAGGAAAAUUGAGCUGAAAGAUAUCUAUGCUUGUAAGUACUUGAAGAAUAUCUGCUUGCGUCAAAUUAUUUUGUAGAAUAUCCUACAGUGAUAGUAGACUCAUCAAUUUGCGUUUAUGUAUGCGUCAAGGUAAUUUUGCAUUAUAUAUAUUCUAUUUGCACAUACAUUAUUGAAUGAUUUUAGUUGUAAUUAUUUACAUGUACCUUAUUUAAAAGUAUUUUGGUGUAAACAAAUAUUGUAUUAUGUUUAAAUAUGAAGUUUUACUCUCUCCUAUAUGAAACCUAAGCUUAUGUACCCAUGUAUAAAAUGUCUAAAAAGUGCAAGAAAGCAUUAGUACAAUAACCAGAAAAUGUAUAUUUGUUAUAGUUAAAUAAGUAGAUUUCUUCAAGAUGGUAAUAGAUAUGCGUGGAUGCGUCUGUGGUAAUGUGAGUAUCUUUGAAAUUAUUGGCCUGUAUCUACUAGUAUGGAAGUACUAAAAUGUCUCGGUGAUGGGGUUUUCUUUGAUAUCAGUUUGCAAGCAGUUAUAUAUAAAUUUUAAACACAUUUAAAUGUUUAUCAUUACAUUACAUCCCACAAUAUUACAGUUACCUUAAAAUAUUUAGGAAUAAUUUGGUUUGAGAUAUUUGACCUGUCAUAUAGUACCAAGUUAGUACAGAACAGACUGGAACAGACAUUUUAUAUAAGUCGUUUUGAAUAUUUACAGUUUAUCGUUACAUACAAAUAAAAAAUCACACUUGCAAAUAAUUAUAUAAAGAUAACAAGUUAUGGCAAAAACCUUGCAUCAGGCUAUUGUAAAGAGUUAUUUUCAUUUGAUUUAAGGCCUAUGCUAUUUUGAAAUUAUGAAUUAGGUGGGUGGGGUACAUGAUAUUAUUUCUGAGGAAUUUCGAAGUUACUGUAAAACAAACGUUAUUCCAAUGUGACAAUACAUCAAAACCAUGAAGUGCUGAACUCUUACUUUAGUUAAAAAAGUAAAGUGGGAAAAGUUAUCAGUAUGUUCGUGUCACAAUUUUCGGGGUAAGUAUUCUAUGUCAUCGUGCAUAACUGCAAAAAACUAUAACAUACAUAAUAAAGCUAAACUAUCCGUGUAAAUGAGCUGAGAGCUAUUUUUCUAUUUUCGUUUAUUACUUUUCUAAAAAACACAUUACAAUUUACCAGGUGUUGGCAAAAUUUGUCAUUUUUGUGCACAUGCCUUUACACAUGAAAGAAGUCCGAACUAUAGGUAUGGUGUGCGAGAAGGGCCUGAGCGCUUACGUAGUGCUCAUUUACAGGGAUUGAACUGCUCAGAUAAAUAUAUAUAUAUAUAUUACAGUUUAUCGUUACAUACAUAACUUUAUCAUAAGUCCGCAAAGUGCAACAAAAGAAAUAGCAAUAUUAAUUUUGUAAUAAUAUUAUUUAUUUACAAGGUAUGUCUGACAAAUGACAUCGAGAAUUCUAACUGACCUUUUAGAAAGCUGCAUUUUCAAGUACCUGAAAUUUUCCACUUUGGUUAAAAAAGAAUGUUUUACAAUAGAUAAUGACUGACUACAGAAGGUAAUAAAAAUACCAUUGACCUAGAGAAUGCUACAAGCUACUAAACUUCAAAGUUUAAAAUUAUAUUGAACACGUUUGCUUUAAUUUAAGGUGAAAAAUAAACUAGAACUCUACGAUAAAAAUCGAAUAGAUCAUUUCGGACAUGUUAGACAGCGAGAAAGCAAACAUAUCGUACGUACUACUUAGCAAGGAUGAUUUGCACUGUGAAUAUAUACUUUUUACACUUAACAUUUAAUUCUACGAGUACCCACACAUAAUUAUACAUAUAUAUUUACCUUAACCUUUCAUACAUUAGGAAUAUGUUUGUUUUACAUGUAAGAUUAAAGCAUUAACCCCUCGUGAAAAUAUAAUGCAUGUGGCGUUCACUGUUGAUAUAUAAUUGUAAUAUUAUAUUUUGACGUUACACUGAAACAAACAAACCCUCUUUGCAUAUUCAUUUAUAUAAAAAUAUAAACAAACAAACAAACAAAAACGGGAACAAUGUUUAUUUUGUUUGAUUGAGUGUAACACCGAAACGACACAAUGAACUUUUCCCAGGUUUUGUUGGUGGGGAAAGGCUCCAGGUGC